GUUUUUGGCGACCACAACAAAACUCGCUUGCUCCUCUAUGUAAUCAAAGUGCACGCUGCGUUUUGAUGGUGGGAUGUCCUGUGAAGCGCUUGGUUAGUUUGCCAUCAAACCACGUUUUGGGCAAAGCUUCCCAACUUCGGGAUGGAGAACUUCAUUCUUUAUGAAGAAAUUGGGAGGGGGAGUAAGUCCGUUGUAUACAAAGGCAGACGAAAAGGUAGUAUCCAUUUCGUUGCUAUCAUUUGCAGCGAGAAGGCAAAAAGACCCGAGCUAACUAACCAUGUGCGGCUGACCCAUGACAUCCAACACGACAAUGUUGUCUCAUUUUAUGAGUGGUACGAGACCAGCAAUCAUCUAUGGCUGGUUGUGGAACUGUGUACUGGAGGCUCACUUGAAGCAGUUAUAUCUCAGGAUGAAUGUCUGUCUGAAGAUGUUGUACGAGAAUUCGGGAGUGACCUGGUCAGGGGGCUGAAGCACAUCCAUGAAUCUGGCAUCGUCUUGUGUGAUCUCACUCCUGCCAAGGUUUUACUGGACGGUCCUGGUACUCUAAAGUACUCCAAUUUCUGUCUGGCCAAAGCUGAGGGUGAAAGCCUGGAAGAGUUCUUUUCCCUCGUUCUCUCUGCCGAAACAGGGGUUGGAGAUAGCAAAGAAAUGGAACUCAGUAAAAAUAUAAAGAACCGAAUCCAAGGCUCUCCUGUGUACUGUGCCCCGGAGGUUAUCAGAGGGGAGCCCAACAGCGUUUCCAGUGACUUUUGGGCCUUGGGCUGUGUCUUCUAUGAGAUGUUUACAGGCCGUCCCCCAUUCUUUUCCGAGACGUUCUCGGAUUUAAGUGACCUCAUUUUGCAUGAAGACCCUUCGCCACCACAACAAAAAGGUGCCAGCUUCUCAAGAGCCAGUCCAGAAUUCCAGGGUCUACUGACUGAGUUGCUACAGAAAGAUCCUCAGAAAAGGAUAAGUUGGGCGGGACUUCUGUCACACCCCUUCUGGAAAGGAGCCCUCUCCCAGCAGCUCUCCUCAGAGGAGGAGGCAGAGGAGGAGUCUCUCAUUUCCAGUCUGCAUCUGGUGUCGCUGGGGAUGCCGGGAUCAGAAGAGGGGCAUACAGGGGCUACGGGGCCCACGAGCCCCCACCUUAGCAAGUCUUUCACAUUAGAUAGUGUCACGGAGUUCAAACCAAAGUCUGCCCUUGAUGAUGAUGCCAGAGAGUCUGUCUUCCUGCUCAGCACUCGACCAACCCCGAGAACAAGCAGUGCAGCCAGGACUCAUGAGAGCGAGACAUGUGAGAGCAGAGUGGAUAUGUCCCUUGCAGAUCCUCAGACUGACAUCAUGUCUGGCAUUAAGGAGUUGCUCUACAUGGACUCAGACCUGGCAGUCACCCCCAUCAUAGACAACCCAAAGAUCAUGAAGAUUGUCCCCCUGAGAUUUGACUCAAAGACGCUGUGUGUGCCAUCCUAUUCAGCUGAGCGCCUGGUGUCCUUGCCUCCAGACGACUGGUCCUCCUUCCUGCAGCAGCUGUCUGCUGCUCUGGAGUCGGGUCCCGACGGGUCCAAGGGCUCCAGCUCCAGCUCCACGCCGCGCACCAAACUCAACCUCAUCAGCUACCUGUGCUGCGUCACCCCCUCCAGCCGCACCCUGGCCACGCGCCUCAUCAACUCCUCACUGUUCCCGGUGCUGACCCAGCAGCUACGCGCAGCCCCAAACUGGGAUGUGAAGACUAAAGUGAUGCGACUACUCGGUCUGCUGGCUGUUCACUGCACGGACCUUGCCGAAGACACACCCAUUACGGAGGCUGUGGCAACAUUCACAGAGCUCCUCCGAGAGAACUUCAGGAACAGCAAACUGAAGCAGUGCCUUUUGCCACCACUCGGGGAGCUGUUGCAUCUCAUUGCACUCCAGGAGGAGAAAAAAGAGCACCCAGGAGGAUUGUGGGUCGUUCCUGCUGCUGCCUACACAGUGUUAAUGAGGUGCCUUCGGGAAGGGGAAGAGCUGGUGGUGAAUCACAUGGCAGCGAAGAUUGUGGAGAACGUUUGCAGCAGCGUCUCCAGCUACGCACAGGGCUUCAUCACGCCAGAGAUCGGCCCCGCACUCUGGUACCUCUUCACACACUCCACUGUGGACGCAAUGAGGGUCAGCGCCAUAUCUGCCCUUUCCAAAAUCACGCGUCACUCCCCAGCUGCCUUCCAGAGCGUGAUUGACAAGGUGGGGCUACCGGCCCUGCUGGGCAGCUUGGGGUCAGGGGUCAGCCGCAUCCAGCAGCACAUGCUGACCAUGCUGGCGGCCGUCUUGGAGUCGGGUGUCCACUCUCAGCGCCUCCUUCAGGACAAGGACUUUGUGAUGAAGAUCAUGCGCUCUCUGGAGAGUCCGUCUGCGGUGAUCCGGGCGAAGGCCUUCCUGGUGCUGCUGCUGGUGCUGAUGCAGAGCCGAGACAUGCUGCUCUUCUGCUGCAGCUCCAGACUGGUGAUGUACAUUGAGAGAGACAUCAGAAAGGCCACGCCGGGGAAGGAGCAGCAAAGCGGCAAUGAAUACCUGUCAAAAUGCCUGGGCCUGUUCAUCCGUCACAUCACGCAGGAGCUGCCUGCCAUCCUGGAUGAUAUAUUGUUUGCGCUGGACAGCGUGGUUGGCCGUAAACACCCGUCUCCUGCUCAGGCCCGACAGCUGAAGCAGAACCUGCCUAUGAUGUCUGUGGUGCUGCAGCUGCUCACCUCCCAGAUAUUCAGGCCACAAGUAGUGACUGACCAGUUUCUUCUCAAAUUUGGAGCAAUAUUGAAUCACAUCACCUCCAUUGACUCCAGCGAGAUGAGCUUGGGAACUGCAGUUGGCGCCGGUGGUGCAGAGGAUCUCAUCAGGAGCACUCUGAGUGCCGUGGAGGCCGUGACCCAGCACCCAGCGCUGCUCACCCCACACCCCCACACGGUAGUGGAUUCCAUUCUGCCUCCUUUGACAUCGCUGGCCUUCAGCAAAAAUGUUGAGUGGCGUAUUGUGAGUCUCCGGGUGCUGUCUGAGCUGGCGCUGCUGCUGCUUAGCCAGGAGGAGCUGGAUGUGGAGGAGGAGGAGGAGGAGGAUGGAGGAGGAGGAGAGAAGAGCGGCUCCUCCAACGCACGGCUCCUGGACCUCAUCUCUCAGGCUCUCCUACCACAGUAUGAGUCUCUGCUGUUGGAGCCAGAUCCGGUGCCUGUGUAUGCCCUGAGACUGCUCGUGUCACUCACAGAGCACAGCCUGCAGAUCAGCAGGCUUGUUAAAGAGAGUCGUCUCCUGCCUGUCAUCUUCCAGGUCGUCAUGGACCACCAGACUAACGUCCUUGGAGGGACCAUGCAGAACGCCAUGGCUCUCCUCAACAACCUGAUUGGGGAGAAGGCCGAAGACCUCCAUCUCUUCUAUCAGCAAGGCGUGGUGGAGAUGGUGUGCAGUGUGCUGCUCUACCUCCAGAGGGAGGAGCUUCUGGUGGUGAAGGCCAGUGUGUCUCUGCUGCUGUCCCUGUUGGACAUCCUGCACAGCCUGCUGAAACACCUCUCUGCUGUCGUCCGACACGCACUUCAGGGUCAGACACCAGAACAUUCUGACGAGACGCAGGCAGCUGAGGAGCUUCUUCUCAUCAACAAGCCACUAACGGACCUGAACAGUCUGCUCAUUCAAAUGCUGGUGAGCACAGACCCUGAGGUGUACGACGAGGCCAGCCAGUGUUUGUCCCUGCUGGCCCAGAUGUACGGCGGACAGGGCCCCGACUGCCUCUUCCCUGAGGACCUGCUCUCUCUGGAGCAGGCACUGCAAGCACACCCCCAACCCCGGGAGCAGAGGCUCCUGCUACGGGUCAUCAAACGCCUGAUGAGUGCCUCAGAUGGUUUGUGUUGGUCUUCUGCUGAGGGCCAAAGCCUCGUCCUCCUGCUCCAGAGCCUCUCCCGUCAUUCCAGGGCUGCUGCAGACUCUGCCGUGGGAUCACUGGCCUCUGACAUACUGCAAGUUAUUGACCAUAAUGCAGCAUAAAUCAUGCAGCCAGGACCUGGAGGCUGUACAGCACACACUAACUUCAUGCUGAAUCUAUAGUCAUGUAUAUUUUGUAUGUUUUACUAUUAAAGAAAGGUUUUAUACUGCAACCAUUUGUUGUCAUUCAUUUAAAAGAAUCAUGCCUAAAAGCAAGACCUCCGUUUAGUAACUUUAAAAGCAAAGCCUAUAAUGGAUUACAACGUGGUUGAUUUGAAUAUGGGGUAUGCAUGGGAAUGCACGUUCCAAAUCCCCUGUAAACUGACAAACCAGCAAAGAAAUUUAAGUCCAUUUUUAUUGUUUAGCCAUGUCAUAACCAUGUCUCAAAUAAGCACAGCAGGCCACAAUAAUUAGGGGUUCUUUUUCAAAACCUUCUAGAGCUACCAUCAAAAAAAAAGAAAAAGAAAAUUAAAGUGACCCCACCCAUUGCACACCCUUUGGAACAUCUCUGUGACCACUGGAAAUGGUGAGAUCAUUUAAAGCAAGAAAAGAAAGGAAAAAAUAUCCAGAUUUGGACUGUUGCCAAUUUCUUUUAUACAAAAGCUACACAAUGUUUACACUUGAUCAGAGUACAAUUCAAAUGAUUAUUAGUGUUUCCUACACCAUUAACUUGAUAAAGUCUUUAAACCGAUGGAGCAUCACCACUAUAGAACUCAACACUACGAUAGGACAUGAUAAAAGGAAUACAAAUUACUGCAAAAAAAAUAAAAAUAAAAACAAAACAAGAAAAACAAAAAUAAUGAAAUGAAACAAUAGACCAAUAUAAUAAAGCAAGCUACAUAAGUACCAUUACAGACAGAGGAAAUCAUUAAAAAAUAAAAAAUAAAAGGUCAUAAAAAAUACAGGCAAGGCUAGGGUUGAAAAUUCCAUCUCUUAGGAUCCACUUUUUCAGGCGUCCUUCGUUCUCCAGUCACCCACCCCACAAGACUUCCACUUCUGAUAAAAUCUCUGGCCCACGAGAACCAGAACAAAAGUUUGUCAUUUGUUUUUCUCUCUCUCUCUUUUUUUUUUUUAAAUUUCCCCACCCCGCCCCACUUGUUCCCAUAGGAAACUCAGGUUGAAUGAGUGUGUCAGGCACUUUCUGAGAUACUAGCCCCCCUCCACUUCCUCUUCCUCUUGAGACCGCCCAGCAACUCUUACAGGCCAGAUCACAACGCAGGUUCAUUCAGAUCAGACGAUACAGCU